AGGCCCAGGCCGCCCCGGGAUCGCUCAUGAGGCCUCCGCCGAGCGGGAGUAGGAAGAACCGCAGCAUAUCCCUGGGGCUCCUCGCCCUCUGCCUUUUAGCAGCAUGUUGUUUAGCCUCAUGUGGCGUGUCACUGUACAUCCCCCAGUCCGCCAUCAAUGCCACGGUGGAGGAAGACAUCUUGCUCUCGGUUGAGUACUCCUGUCAUGGCAUCCCCACCAUCGAAUGGAAGUAUACCUCCAACUGGAGGUCACAGAAGAUUGUGGAGUGGAAGCCGGGCACCCAGGCCAACAUCUCCGAGAGCCACAAGGACAGGCUCUGCACUUUCGACAACGGCUCCAUCCAGCUCUUCAGCGUGGGUGUGAGGGAUUCUGGCUACUACAUCAUCACGGUGACAGAGCCUUUGGGGAGCAGCCAGUUUGGCACCAUCGUGCUGCAUGUGUCGGAGAUCCUCUAUGAAGACCUCCACUUUGUUGCUGUCUUCCUUGCUUUUCUCGCUGCUGUGGCCGCACUGUUAAUCAGCCUCAUGUGGGUUUGUAAUAAGUGUGCAUAUAAAUUCCAGAGGAAGAGAAGACACAAACUCAAAGAGAGCACGACUGAGGAGAUUGAGCUGCAAGAUGUGGAGUGUUAGCCAAGGCUGCGCCCAGUUACAUUCCUACCUCAAGAGGAAAAUAGGAUUUUCCACGAAAGAGGCGAACACAGCCAGUCCACCGUCAGAGCCUCCUGCCCCCCUGCCGUAGUCACACAUUCCCGAUGGACGUUAACAAAGUUGACUGCGUGGACUUGAGGACUCUGGAUUGGACAAAGUCCAUUCUAGUGCUUGCAAGAAGUUCAAGGAGAAGCGUGCUUGAGGCUCUGGGCCAGGGCCUUGCUUGGCUGCAGCGUCACGGCCUUGUGGACCCGUGCCAGUGGCCUCGUGCUGGCCCAGCGGCUCGCUUGCUCCACUCGGCUGCAGCCCUGGGGGUGGCCUCUGGAGGAGUCCCCAUGUCCGAGGCCAGAGUGUCUCCAGACCGAGCGUGCAGCCUCCAGACCGAGGCAUUGGACAGGCUCUCCAUGUUCCUCUCUGCUCUGCUGGUCCCUCCAGCCUCUGCUGUGGGAGCUCCUGUGAGAAAACCCGAGGCUUUUAGAUGAUCUGCCUGCCACGCAGGGUAGACACGGAGAGGCUGUUGCUGGGCUCUGGUGAGGUGCUCGGAGCAGGUCCCGGGGCCUGGUUAGGGCGAGGGGCUCACUUGUUCCCGAGGGACCAGUGUCGGAAGCAAGGACUAGGGAGAAAAAUUACCCAUCUCUUCAUCUCUUAGCCCAACAUUAAUUGGACUUUCCCUCCUCUGGCCCCUACUUAGGCCAGUGUGAGGAACACAGAUGUUCAUCUCCGCUGUGGGCAGCUGCUGGCCUCCAAUUGGCUUCCUGACAAGCCGGGUUGUGGUCCCUGUGAAAGCGAGCCUGCAUGAAAGCCCAUCAGCAGGAAACCCGUUUGGAUUGGGGCGGCUGCUGGAGUGUGUUUGGUCUUUUAUACUACCUACUUUCCAGAACUGUACUUCUCAGCUUGUCAGAGGCCAGAGGUGGUAAUCUCCAGAAUAAAAGGAGAAAUAGAAGUGAGCGGCGUCCACGGGCACACCCAAAUUCACACUAAACUGCCCCCCGCCCCAAAGCUCAUGAGAAGUUCUUCCCCCUGGCUUUCCAUGUCUUUAUUUUGCACUUUGCAAGCUCCCUCCAUCCUGAACAUUCUCAUGGAAAGUAUUUGAUUCCAGAGCCUGAAGUGUUGUCUAUUUUUCAAAAAAGAAAAUAUGAAAUUCUAGACGUUGGCCAUUAGAAAUGUUAUGCUUUAAGCUAUGUUUUAAACUGUGAAAAAAAUUGUUUUAAAGAACAAAAUAAAGCCUGAAAAUGAA